ACCAUACCUCCUGAAUGAGAAGCUCUUAAAGGGAGUUGUUGCUUUGAAUUUUUAGCCAUUUUCAGAGCCUUGUAGGAGAAAAAGUAUGUAAAGUAUGACCUUGUAUUUUAAAAUUCUACAGACAAACAUAGCCAUAGUCACAAAGUUUCAAAGCUAUAGAUGCCAUAUCAAAGAAGCAAAGAAGAUGGACAGAAAUGCUGAGCUAGCAAAACGCAUAAAAUGAAGUAACAUUUCAGAAGGCUGUAGAUUCAAAAGUAUUAGAGAUACAGGCCUCAUACUCGUUAUUUCUCCAUAAGUUUGGUAAAGGAGCAACAGUGAUUUUUUUCCAGGGAAAUCUAAGAGCAUGACCAGGGACCCUCUGGGUGAUUUGAUAUGGAAUGACCCCCUUGUGGCUAAAUUUAAUAUUGUAAGAAUACUGGUUAAUCACUUUGUUCUACUCGAAGAGAACAAUGGUAUGGAUGUAAGAAUAUGGAAUAUAUAUUACCAUACAAUGGAAAAAUCCCAUAACUACAUAUUUGACCAAAACUGAAUUGCGACCAAAACUGGGUCUCAGGCUGUUUCUGGUUUCUGUCAUGGAGCAGCCCAGAGGACUGCCGUCUACAUCACCAGGGGAUUCUCCUUAAUGACAAGAAGCACUUUAUACAGGGACUAAUAAGAGUGCAAACAAGACGCAGCUGGAAUGAACCACAUCAGGGCAGGAACAGGAAGUAAGACAAGUGAUGAACAUACUGUACAUUUCUCGUUAAGGCUACGCUGAGGAGGAAACAGGGGGGGCAGUCAACUUCCUCAUUACCAAAUGCUCAAUUUAACUUUUAACUUUUGCUUCUCCACAUUCACAUUUGGCUGAUUGCUGUCAACAUGUUGCUGCCUGCCUUCUGUCUCUAUACACAGAUUAUCCUUCUCACUGGAUAUGAAUUACCAAAGCCAGGAAUAAGCCUGACUAAAACUUUGCUGACUGAGAAGGGGACUCUCCAAGUUACCUGUGACGUCCCUGAGGAUAAGACACCAUUACAGUGUUCACUGCAUCUAGAUGGACAGCAGAGCCCCAUGAAGACUGAAUUAGUCAGGUCAGGACUGUGUGAAUUCCAUGUGACUGGGGAAGAGCUUCUCGGUGGAAGAACAGACAAGGCGCAGUACACUAUCGUAAGGCUAAGCUGUGCCUACAGUGUCGGUGAUCAGCAUUCAGAGCGAAGUCAGAUGAUGGAAGUGAAGGUCUUAGGUGAGCUGAAAGCCCCCCAGCUGACUGUAAAGCCAAAUGUCAUCAGGAAGGGAGACACAGCAGAGCUGCACUGUUUGGUGCAUCCAUCCAUCUCCAGGUGCCAUUUACAGAUAGGGGGGGAGGCGUUUGAUCAGAAUACCUCAGAAUGUCUGCGCUUCUAUUCCUGGGAUGAUCUCCGUCAGACUGGGAAUCACAGUGCAGAUACUGAGAUUAAAGUUCAGUGUAAGUACUCUCAGCAGAUAGAUGGACAUGAAGCUCCAUCACAAGACAGCAACGUCUCUAUAGUUACAUUGUUGGCGAACUCCACUGUGGAUCCUGUGUCAGCUGCGCCGUGGAAUAAAGCAGGAACAGUGGGGGUGGCUUGUGCUGUGACUGCGAUCCUGCUGGGAGCCGCUGCGGUCGUCCUGUACAGGAGACACAGAAACCAGAAAUCAACAAGACAACUGCCAGAUCAUGAUGCCAGUGUGAGAAUGGCAAAGCCAAGCAGUGACACGCAGUCCUGCAAUAAUGUCAUCUAUUCAUUGAUCAGCGAUGCCCCUACUGAUCCAGUGACACAAGAGGAGAACAAGGUGCCUUCUCUGAUCGACACAGUUAGUACAUCUACAUUUUAUUCAUGUAGCAGAUGGUUUUUUAUCCAAAGUGACGUAAACCUCAGAAUGCAGUGUCAACCAGUGCCUGGAGCAAUUGGGAUUAAGGGUCUUGCUCAAAGGCCCAAUGGUAAAAUCACUCUGCAAAUCAGGGGUUUUUUAAUCAGCAUCCUUCCAAAUACAGAUACAUCAUCGUAACUCACAGGAGAACACACAUGGGAUGCACAGUAUUGAAAAAAAUCCACAUCACAAAAUUUGAGAUUUUUUUUAUAUUGCAAUAAUCAUAAAACAAAAACAAAAAAAAUUGAAAUUACCCUAAACUAUAGUCAAUGUGGUGCCGACAAGUAGCUCUAUGCAAUGUUUCUAUGGAAUUUUCAUAUGAAAGUCGAGUGUAUUUUGGUCACCAAAUUUUAUUCACUUUUUCCCUCCUUACUCACUAUUGUUUAAUUUCUGUUAUAAAUGAUCAUGACUCUCUCGGCCAGCACAGGCAGUGCUCAUGCAAAAGUCAAGGCGGUACACUUUGAUUUCUUUUUAACAUAUGGGUGAGAGACAAAUAAGGGUUUGGUGAGAUGAGUAAUUCAGACAUCUUUUAAAAACUUGUUUCAAAAGCAUGUAUCAGAUUUGUUAAAAUGUUUACACUUCAUAUUAAAAUGCAUCUUGGGCAAAUGAAUGGCAAAUGAAUACAGGUGUAAACGGCCACCAAGGCACAUUGUGAUAUGGUCACUUAAACCAAUUGCCAAGGUGGUCUGUGAUGCAUUUGACCACAUAUCUUUUGUAGUGUAAACGCUAAUGAAUCCUGAUGCAAUCCCAGACAAAGAUGUCAUAAGAAAAAUAUCAUCAGUGCAGGAUGUGGUGGUUGUUUUGGUGACACCACGCCAACACUCGAAAAAAAUGGAGAGGAGCACUGAUGUACGUGGUUGGAGUGCAAGUGAAAACAGAUACCUAAUUUAUAUUCGGACAGAAGAUUCAGUCCGUAGAAUACUAGAUGGUGCUUGUCUGGUGACUUAUGUAAUAUCUGUGUGUGGGGCCAAUAGACCUUCUAGCAGAGGACGUAUCCAGUAAUGAAAUCUGAACACAGGUGGUCAGCUGGACACCUUGGAGAUGCAUGAUAGAUACAGGUGUAUAUGGUGAUGUGUCUUGGCUGUCCACUUAUGAUCCAAUUGCCCAAGAUGCAUUUUAAAACCAAUCAUAAACAGGGUCUUUCUGUCUGUCUGUCCGUCCGUCCGUCUGUGUGUGUGUAUAGGUUAGAUUAUGCUUGCUAGGAUGUUUAAUUGAGAAUUUCACCUUUUUUAAAGCAUGCUUAAUUAUUUGCUACAAAAAUUUUACGGUUACACCACAUUGACAUUAUUGCCAUCAUUCCUCAAAUAUUUUCUCAAAAUUGAUUAAAAACAGAAAU